GGCCAUUACCUUAGUGAGUAACUAAUAUAGUUUGGAAAUUCAGUCCUCUUUCUUCAACUUCUACAUUUUUCUCUCACCCAAUGGCGACCACGGCACCACCUAAACUCGAAAACCCUAACACAACCACGGAUCUCAAUGUAGCGCCAUCCCCCGUUGAAGACGCCUCAUCCACUCACCAACUCCCACAACUUUCCACCGACGAAACCAAGGGAACUCCCGAUGCGGCGCCUCUCAACACCAGCGACGUAGAUGGAUGCGCUGCGGCCACCGAUAUCCAGAAGAAGAUGAAGCGUGCGGAGCGGUUCGGGAUGCCGGUAACUCUCUCUGAAGAGGAGAAGCGCAAUUCUCGUGCCGAGAGGUUUGGUAAAGCUGCUGCUGCCGAUGGAUUGGAUUCAUCAAAGCAAUCAGAAGAUCUAAAAAGGAAAGCUAGAGCAGAGAGGUUUGGGAUUCCGACAUCUGUAUUGGCCGAUGAGGAAGCUAAGAAAAAAGCUAGACAAGCUAGGUUUGGAUCAACUCCUGUUACUGAUUCAGCAGAGGAAGAAAAAAAGAAAGCAAGAGCACUCAGAUUUUCUCAGCCUCAGGCUAGUCCAAAGGCAAAUGGAGAAGGGAAUAUUGAGGUGAAGACAGCAAUAUCUGGCAAGGCUGGUGGAGGAACCUGAAAAAAACUUGGUCAUAAUCUAUAGAUGGGUAGGUUAGAGUAACUUCCUUCUGUUGCCCUUUUGCUGACACAACCAGACAUGCACACCCGCUUACAAGAUCGUCUGUGAUUUACAAGCAGUUUUUGUUUUAUGUAAUUUGGACUCCUUUGGUCAUGGGUUUCCUGGUGAUGCCUGCCACAGAUCAACAACCACCUCCUCUAUGUCAGAGUUUCUUAUUCGGCAUGCCAACCAUUUCAAAAAUUAAAUGCAUUAAAUAGGUCCUUAAGAGUCUUAUUGAAGAUGUGUAUAGAUUUAGUAUAAUUUUGGUGCACUUUUCUCAUAGUCAUAUCAUACUUGCUUCUUGUUGAUUGACUGCUAACAUUGAUAUGCAUGAUAACCUUUGUAUGAAUUGGAUAACAAAUAUUGGUUCAACAGUUUGUACCUGUAAUUUGUGGUCUGGUUGGUGCAUGGGUAAGUCUUCUGUUAGGUUUUGUUAGAACAUGUUUGAUCCAAUAGUAUGCUCCCCUAAAGUCACUCACUGUGCCUGCAAUUUACUACUAUAUGUCAACCUGUGGCUUGUUUCUAUUCACGUGGCUAAUAAAGUCUUGAAUGAUGAUUUACAUUUCAAAUAGUUUAUCUGCAGAGAUCAUCAUCAACUUUUGAUAAGGUUAAUGCUCAGUUACUCAACCACUGUUCAUAAUUAUCACCCUAUUACUUCAUUUGAAGUUAUUUUGAGAUGAUUGCAUAUGUUGGGGAUUUUGUGCAAGUUUUUCCUCGUAGAAAUUCUUAGGAAGUAUCUGAUCUGAUAGAGGAUUUCUGGUAAGAUCUCUUCUAAUUGGCUUUGAAUAUUCUAGUUUGUUUGAUAUUUUGGUAGUUUUUUUCUUGAUUUGCAUGGUAGUUAAAUAUUUUCCUAUGAUAUAGUGCUUUUGGAAUUGUUGGUCUGUCCUUUUAUAAUGAAACUCUGGUCAGGAGGUGGUGGUCUGUGGUUGUUGACUGCGUAUGGUUAAGCCAGGUUAGCUAGGCUUCUUUGAUAUGGAGGAGUUAGUUAAUGCAUCCACUUGCAGUGCUCUCUCUAGCCAGGUUUAUUUUGUUUCUAGGUAGUAAAAUUCCUAAUUAGCAAUGCAAGUUGGCAUGGAAUGCUUGGAAAAUUUGUAAUAGUUUGGUUGAUCGGGCAGAAGGAUGUUUCCAGUUCUUUAUUAUCUAUGCUGUUGCUAUC